AUGGCUCCGUCUACCAAUGACACCUCCAAUGGAGGCGCUAACGAUGAUAAUGCCAAGACGUCGAAUGACGACAAUGCUGCUGACGAGAGUUUAUCCAAGACACCUUCUACGCUUCCUUUAAUUCUGUACUCGCUGUAUUUUUUGGCUAUUUUGCAAGGCUUUUACUAUGCCGUCACCAUGGCGUACGAGAUUCGUCUCUACGCCAUCAAGGAGUACGGUCGAGUUAUCCAUGAGUUUGAUCCCUAUUUCAACUACCGCGCCGCAGAGUAUUUAUGGGCUCAUGGGUGGCAUGCCUUUUCGCAUUGGUAUGACGACAUGGUCUGGUAUCCAUUGGGUCGACCCGUUGGAACUACCAUUUAUCCAGGAAUGCAAGUCACCAGUGUGGCUAUUAAGCAGUAUAUCUUGCCCGAUUGGUCCAUCAAUGACAUUUGUUGCUUCGUCCCGGCUUGGUUUGGAUCGCUGGCUACCAUGGGUGCUGCCUGGUUGGCCUACGAAUGCACUCAGGAUUAUACCAAUACCCGUGUCUGUCUCGGACAAUUGGCCGGCAUUGAUUGGUUGUACUCAAAAUUUGUGGCCCCGCUCUUGGCCACUCUGAUGAAUACCCUUCAUCGUUUCACGGGAAGUACCCUUGGACUACCCCAUCCCUAUAUUCGUCGACCUGCUCCUUCCAUGGAAUCUGCCCUCUGGACAGCUCUUAUCAUGAGUAUUGUUCCUGCUCACUUGUUGCGUAGUGUUGCGGGAGGUUAUGAUAAUGAGAGUGUCGCUACCACGGCCAUGGUCGUCACCUUUGCCGCGUGGACCCGCACUUUACGAGAUAAGACACACGAUUGGACCACCAUCGCGUGGGGAAUCAUCACUGGUAUCUGCUACUUUUACAUGGUGGCCGCUUGGGGUGGCUAUGUUUUUGUAAUCAAUUUGAUCGGCGUCCAUGCCUCCAUUUUGGUUCUCAUGGGAAGAUUCUCGGGUAAAGUGCACAAAGCCUACACGUCGUUUUACAUUGUCGGCACAUUUUUGGCCACCCGGGUGCCUGUGGUGGGAAUGACGCCGUUGAAAUCAUUGGAACAAUUGGGACCCUUUGUCGCCUUUGUGGGAAUUCAAUUGCUGGAAUACUGCCGUCGUCAACAAGUCAAGGAAAAUUUGGGAAUGGUCGAUUUAUGGAAACUUCGCAUCCGCGUCUUUUCCAUGGUGGGUGCCGCCGCGAUGGUCUUGAUUUUCUUCUUGGCUCCCACUGGGUACUUUGGGCCGUUCAGCAGUCGCAUCCGUGGACUCUUUGUCAAGCAUACCAAAACUGGAAAUCCGUUGGUCGACAGUGUGGCCGAGCAUCAAGCAGCAUCUCCCAGCGCUUAUUUCCAAUAUCUCAAUGAUGUUGUGUACAUUGCUCCAGUCGGAUUUGGUCUGGUCCUUGUGGCAUUCUGCAAUGAUUCCAGCAGCUUUUUGAUUGUGUAUGGGGUCGCCGCAUAUUUCUUUUCGCACCGUAUGGUUCGAUUGAUCUUGUUGACGGCUCCCAUUGCCAGUACUUUGGGAGGCAUUGCCUUGGGACACCUGCAAUCCUGGAUGGUUGGAAGUAUCUUUCCUGAAACUCCCAACGCUGCUGCCAUGUGGGCUGCAAUUAUGGGAAAUGAAACGGAACGCGUCACACCGCCACCCCCCACCAAAACGACAACGCCACCCAAAAAGGCCAAUGCCAAGAAGGAUAAGAAAAAGGGAGGCGCCGCCAACAAAGCGAAAGAUGAAGCCACAGAGACUGCAAUGGAGGACGCUGAAAGUGUUGCCGCGCUAACUGCAGUGGCCACGAAACGAGACCCCUACGUGAUCAGUGCGAUCCGCUUGGCUGUCUCGAUUUAUGUCAUUACAUUAAUCAAGCCCAGGUUGCCCGCCUUCUAUGAUACCUGUGAUCAGAUGGCACAGCACAUCUCUCAUCCCACCAUUAUUCAAAAGGCUCGAACCAAGUCGGGAGAGACAGUUAUGGUGGAUGAUUACCGUGAUGCAUACUUUUGGUUGCGCGACAAUACACCCCAAGAUGCUCGUAUCAUGGCUUGGUGGGACUAUGGCUAUCAAAUCACUGGCAUUGCCAAUCGUACCACAAUUGCUGAUGGAAACACGUGGAAUCACGAACACAUUGCUCUGUUGGGAAAGACAUUGACCAGCUCCGAGAAAGAAGGCCACCGUGUGGCUCGUCAUUUGGCAGACUACAUCCUUGUUUGGGCAGGUGGCGGUGGAGAUGAUUUGGCCAAGUCUCCUCACUUGAUUCGUAUUGCGAACUCCGUGUAUCGAGGUUUGUGCAGUGAACCUACUUGUCGAGAAUUUGGGUACUAUUCCAAUGGAGAACCCUCGGAACGCAUGGGAGAGAGUAUGCUGUACAAGCUGCACAGUCAUAGGCUUAAACCGGGAGUGGAGGCGGACCCUAAUCGAUUCAAAUUGGUGUACCACAGCAAGUAUGGCAAAGUCCGAAUCUUCAAGGUCCUCAAAGUGUCCAAGGAAAGUAAGGAGUGGGUCAAGGACAACAAGAAAUGCGACGGAGGUGGUUGGGUGUGCCGCGGUCAGUAUCCACCGGCACUACAGAAGAUUUUGGCGCAAAAGAAAGACUUCAAACAACUCGAGGAUUUCAACGUGAAGGGCGAAGAUGACUCCGAGUAUCAAAAGCAGUACAUGGAAAAUCUAAUGGGCUCAGGCGGCAGCCGAAAGGCACCCGAAAAGAAGAAGGAGAAGAAGAAGGAUCGACCCCAAAGGCUGACCCCCGAGGAGAUUGACAUGUUUAAUGAAGCGUGGGAGAAUAACGAGCUGACGUCGCACAUGUGGGAACUCAUCUCGCAGAAUAGAAUCGAUGAUUUCAAGGAGCUUGUGAAGGGCAAUCCCGCCGCUGCGCAUGUGAGGAGUGAAGAUGGACGAGGUCCAAUGUGGUGGGCGCACGAGUACAAGCGCACGGGCAUCAUCGAGAUCUUGAGAAAGUUGAAAGUGAGCGAGGCUCGAACCGAUGAGAAUGGUAAGACACCUUUGGAUCUCUAG